GGGCAUUAACUGGUUGGUUAAGGUUAAGGCUUUGGUUAGGGCUGUCCAAACAAAUAGAAGUCAGAGCAGUGUGUGUGUGUGUGUGUGUGUGCGGACGGACGGGAGAGAAAGACAGCAGGGUGUGAAGGAGAGAGAGAGAGAGAAGAGUUGUGUGGUCAUACUUUAGGAAAAUGCAUGUUGUUGUUUUUUGUUAUUGUUCUUCGUAUUUUGGACAAACAGUUGGACGAGGACAAACACUGCUGUGCGUGGACAGUCCGUGGACUUGUACUCGACUAUCAAGUUGAAUGCAGUCUGUGUGUGAAGUGCUGCACAUUUUGAGCCUCAAGAGAGACGUGAGAUGAGAUGCUCCUCCACACUGACUGUGGACAUGGAGGAUGAAUGGGAAGAAGAGGAGCAGCUUGUUGUGGUGGAACUCUCUGGUAUAAUCAAUAACGACUUUCUGUCCAAGAGUCGGGGUACAUGUAAGAUACUGGAUAUUGACAGUGACAGACCCAUGAUGCAGGUGGGACAGUAUGUGUUUGCAGGAGAAUAUGAAGACGCUUUAGGAACUUGCGUGCUGUUCGAGGAGGGACCACAGAAAGAACAAGCCGACAGUGUACCAGACCUGAAGUACAUGUGCCACACUGUGAAGAAGCUGAUGAUGCAACGAAUCUUCCUCACCGAAAGAAAAGAGGGAGAAACCAGUGCAGGUCAGCUUGAUGGUUCAACAUCUGUCCAAGUUGGGAGCAGUGAUGUUGGUGGACAGAGGGACUCAAGUUGUCAAACCAGUCAAGGAGAAAUGGGCAACCACCAGUGGGAGACAGAGGGAAAUAUGGACUGCAUAGUUUUGGAAACCUCAGCAGAGGGUUGAGCGGUUGGAAGUUUGCUAUAUAAAAGUAUGAGGAUUUAAGAGGAUUUGGGGGAGAAUAUGGGAAUGUUUGCACAAAAGUAAAGUCUGAGCAGUCAGACACUUGAUUGUU